AUGAGUACGCUGGAUUAUUUUCUGUUGUCUGAUUAUUUGAUAGUGUAUUGGAAGAUAGUGUGCCAAAUCGUUGGGAAGAGAGAUAUCUUGGACCACUGUCCGAUCUGGUUGAAAUCUAGAAACAAAAAUUGGGGCCUGAAACCUUUUAAAUUCAACAAGAAACUUAUAUUGUUAAAGUCUAUUUUGAGAAGGUGGAGUGUGGAGGUUUUCGGAUGGAUUGACUUGAGAGUGGAUGAAACAAUUGAGGAAUUGUUCGAUCUUGAAUCUCUGGUCAGUAGAGGUGGUCAAACUGUCAUGCAUGAUGUUAUCUUAGCAAGGGCAGCUGCAUCUUCAAAACUUUGGAGGCAUUGGAGUGGAAGGAAAGCCUUCUUAGACAAAAGUCGAGAAUGCUUUGGCUCAAGGAGGGUGAUAGAAAUUCGAGCUUCUUUGAUAUAA